AUGGCAUACAUUGUGGACUGCCCAUCGACGUCUUCCUGCAGUCCAGGUCAACGCAAGCUCCGCACGACCAAAGUGGAAGAUCUCCUCGAGAGACUGGGUAGACAUCCAUCUUCCGAGCAAGUGCUCCGAGUCCUGGAACCCGUGUUGCCAAGCUGGGUGGAGAAUCCUAAGAAGGCGACAGUUGUGCUAAGUGCGCUGGCAAAAAAGAAGUUGCCGGGAGCCGCGACCCAGGUGCUUGCAGCUAUGCUUUCACAACAAGCUGAAGUAAAUUCAUUCCACGUCAGUUCUGUCAUCUCUGCGGCCGGACGAUGUGGCGACUGGGCCCUGGCGAUGUCCCUGUUGCAGCGCCCCGAGCUGGCAGCCCAACCCACGGAGAUUGCUUGGAACGCGGCCAUCACUGCUUGUGACACAGGAGGCGAGUGGCAGCGCGCGGUGUUGCUUUUGAGCCAGAUGCAGCUAGCAAGAGUUUCGCCUGGCAUUGUGAGUUUCAAUGCCACACUCAGCGCCUGCAAGAAGGGAAGCGACUGGCAGUUGGCUUUGGGCUUGCUGAGGAGAAUGGCAGCAGAAAGGCUCCAGCCUGACAUGGUCACUUUCGGUGCUGCGAUCGCUGCAUGUGGAAGCAGCUGGCAGUCAGCCAUCGACCUCGUGUCGCAGAUGUUGGCUGCCAAGCUUCACCAGGAAUCAGCCCAUGUUUGGGAUUCGCGCGCAAAACCAGGCUACAAUGCCGCAAUCAGCGCUUGUGAAAGAAGCGGCCAGUGGCAGUCGGCCAUAGGUCUUCUGUUCGAGAUGGGCUCGUCUUGGUUGGUGCCUGACUUGGUUUCAUUCAAUGCCGCAAUAUUGUCUUGCAGAGAAGAAGGCCAGUGGCAGCUGGCGGUUCAUCUUUUGAACGCACUUUCGGCAGUUGGCUUGUUCCCCGAGACGUCGACCUUCAACGCACUUCUGGCUGCUUGUGGCGCACGCUGGCCAAUGGCACUGGCGUGCCUGCAUGGGAUGCAGGCACGUGCUGUGGUACCCGAUACCAUCAGCUUUACGGCCGCAAUCGCCGCUUGCGAGAAGGGCAGCGAAUGGUUAGCAGCGAUGAAGCUCUUCUACGAGAUGGAAGAGGGGGUGGCCGAGCCCAGCGUUGUCAGCUACAACGCGCUUAUCAACACGUGCGAUGUAAAAUGGCAAACGGCCAUCCACUUCUUCGAGAGGAUGUUGUCGCAAGAGAUCCAGCCUGACGUGAUCACUUACAAUGCCUUGAUAGGGGCAUUUGCAAGAGGUAGCGAGAGAGCCUUGGCUUUCUCGCUUUUGACGACAAUGCGUUCAGAGCACGUCUCGCCUGACGAUGUCACAUUCAUCCCGCCGGCGCUUGCCUGCCAGCAGGCAGGUGCUUGGCAGGACGUGAUGGCAAUUUUGCCGCUGAUGCUGCGGCACCGACUGGUGCCAGAUGCCGUCUAUGCAGGAUGUGCGACGAGUACACUGCGAGCCUGCAAAGGCGAGGACUAUGCCUUCGCCUUCUUGCGAAACCUGCGCAGCCUUUGGGAACCCGAUGGAGAAAGCAGAAUCUCGGACGGUCCGGAGGUGCUUCGGAAAGGGCCCGGCAUUGUAGCGGUCUUGAAGCCUGCACAUGUUACCACUCAAGACUUCGUGGAGUCUCUACGCCAGCGUGCUCCUGUCGGCACGGCCUUGUCAAUAGUCUCCAGGCUGGACUACCCUACCUCUGGUGUCCUGCCGCUUGUCGUGGGCGCUGAAGGUUCCCUUCAAACAAAUUGGUUCCGGUCGCAGUUUGCGGCCGGACUCGUGAGAAAGGAGUACUACUGCUUAUGUGAGGGGCCAUCCUUGGGUGAAGUUGGCGUGCGUGGUGAAGUCGAUAUGCCAUUGCUGACUUCAGAGGUCGAGGGAGGUGAGGGUGGCUUGGUGAGCCGCAGCGAAGUCUCAGAGUACGGCCGCCAAGCUUUCACCGAGUACGAAGUUCGAAGGCGUUUCCGAUUUCCCGAACUUCAACAAGCGCCCGAGGACGAAGUAAUGUUUCUGAGCGUGAGACCACGCACGGGCCGGACACACCAAAUACGCGUGCACAUGGCCAGUCUAGGCCGACCUCUUGUUGGUGACUUUACCUAUGGCAAGCGAUCCGAGACGUCGGUGCCCUUUUGUCCGCGAUUGUUCCUCCAUUGCCACAGCAUUCAGCUUGUCGACGUCGAGGGCGCUCCGUUCCUGAGCAAGGCCGACAUUACCGAGGAUCUCCAAGCCGUGCUGCAGAAUCUGCACAGAUGGGCCAUCGACUGA